GCCCCAAAAUAUCCAUAAUACGAAGACACUCGUUUCUCACAAACUUCCAGUGGAAACUCACUUGAUAACAAAAACAUGCACUCUGAUCUCAAGUAAAUCCCCUAACUCAACUAUUGACCACCAACUAGAAAUAUUUGAAACCCCAUAUCCUAAUUUUCUGCUGAAACUUAGAGCUUCAAAGCAUGGCAGCUUUUACCUCAGUUAGCCUACAGUACUCAUCUACCUCAUCUUUACAAUCCUUGGUACCUUCUUUAGAAGGUACACGAGAGCCUAACUCAUGGGGUGUGAGAGAACGAUCAUGCAAAACAACUACAGGUCAAAGGUUACACUCACAGAAAAUUGCAAGGGGGUUAACAAUCCAGAGUGCAGCAACAAAAACAGCUAAGACGCCAGCUGAAGAAGACUGGAAGAUUAAGCGAGAAUUACUGCUGCAAAAAAGGGUAAGAAGUGUGGAUGCCAAGGAAGCUUUCCGCCUUCAGAAAGAAAAUAAUUUUGUUAUUCUUGAUGUAAGGCCUGAAGCAGAGUUCAAAGAGGCUCAUCCUCCAGAUGCUAUCAAUGUGCAAAUAUAUAGGCUUAUAAAAGAGUGGACAGCAUGGGACAUUGCCAGACGUGCUGCAUUUGCAUUUUUUGGUAUUUUUGCUGGCACGGAAGAGAACCCCGAGUUCAUCCAGUCUGUUGAAGCAAAAUUAAAUAAAAAUGCCAAGAUAAUAGUAGCAUGCUCUUCAGGGGGUACAAUGAAGCCAACACAAAAUCUGCCAGAAGGUCAACAAUCAAGGUCUCUUAUAGCAGCUUACUUGCUGGUCCUCAACGGUUAUACCAAUGUCUUCCAUCUAGAAGGUGGUCUUUACUCAUGGUUUAAAGAGGAUCUGCCAAGUGUUUCAGAGGAGUGACGCAAGAGACAGCAUUGUGCAUGUAGUGAAUCCUAGACCUAGUUUUGACCAUAAUGAGAAUGCUAUAAAUGCAUAUGAACAGAAGCAAAAGAUUGGAAAUUUGGAAUGUUAUUAAAUAUUAAUUGAACUGGUUUAAAAAAGUA